AUGGUGGCAGAAGAGGUUAUAAUCACCUUGUCUGGUGGAGCACCAUGGGGCUUUCGUCUCCAGGGGGGCGCGGAGCACCAGAAACCACUUCAGGUGCGUAAGCGCAGUAAGGCGUGCAGGGCAGGACUGCGGGAGGGCGAUGAGCUGGUGUCCAUCAACGAGCAGCCAUGUGGAAGUCUGUCCCACUCCCAGGCCAUGACCAUAAUCGACAGCUCCCCAGGAAUAUUACACAUCCGGGUCAAGAGGGCACCAGCAGGCUUCCAGUCUGUGGUGCUGUUGACCCGCGCCCCGUCCCCCCGCAUUGACAAAGAGUACCGAGCCGCCCUGCGUGCCAUGUCUCCCUCCUCCAGACCCCACCACAUAGCAGCUGUCAGGGAGGUCCCCCAUGGCAGGUCCUCUGUCCUGUCCCCCAUGGGGCGCAGCGGCCUCACCUCGCCCCCAGGCAGUGAGGCCUACUACGGGGAGACAGACAGCGACGCAGAUGUGGCAGCCCACGAGAGGCAGAGGAGGCAGAAGCGCAGAAGUCCCAGCAACUUACCCGGCAAAGCCUCUGGCAGAGCCUCCCAGGAGGGAGGGGAAACCUCAGAGUUUAGCGGCUAUGACAGCGGCCCAGGACGGGACGGAGUGGCGGAGGAGGACAGUGGCUUCCAGGAGCCCUCCAACGUGGUCCCACUGGUUUCCCCCGAGAGGGCCAAGGGGGCCAUGCAGCUGAGCUCCCGCAGGCAGCUGGUGCCAAUGGUGGGGCCCAUAGACACCCCUCUGGAUGAGGAGCUCAGUGUCACCUACAUGGACAAGGCCAAGCAAGCCAAACUGAACCGGGGUGACACGGUUCAAGACAAACAGGUGAAGGAGGCCAGAACCAAGUGCCGCUCUAUCGCCUCCCUUCUGACAGACGCCCCCAACCCCCACUCCAAGGGCGUGCUGAUGUUCAAGAAGCGGCGGCAGCGCUCCAAGAAGUACACGCUGACCAGCUUCGGCAGCGUGGACGAAGACAUGCAGCAAGAUUCCCAGGAGGAAGAUGGUCUUUUCCCAGGAAGCGAGUCAGAGUUUGAUGAGGAUGGCUUCUCAGCCGCCCCCGACACCACCUGGGACAGUGACUACUUGGAUGCACUGGAGAAGAGGGCGACCGCAGGGGGAGAGCGAGGGGAUGGGACAGAAGAUGCCCCCAGUCCCGGCCUGAGUGACAUCUCUGGGAAGGGCGCCCAACUGUUUGAGCAGCAAAGGAAGAGGGCGGCCGAGCAUGCCAAGAAGGUGGCUGCCACCCAGCCUCAGGUGCCGCUCCAGCCUCAGAUAAAGACCCAACCAUCGAACCAACCACAGAUCCAGGAGCAGCCUCAGCCAUACGCACAGAGCCAGCCCCAGCCAGAGACACAACCACAGAUGUACCAACCUCAGCAACCUGUGGCACCACCGCCCCCUGUAGCCUUCCAGGAGGAGACUCCGUCUGUGGCAGAGAGGGCUAUGGCACCGGCCCCAGCUGCUCCUACUGCCUACAGUAUGGCUAACGGAGACGUAGCCUACUCUGCAGUGAGCACAGCUAGUGUGGUAAUGUCACCCCCGACUGUGGCAUCCAAACCAAUCACCGGCCAAGUGUCCAUCUCAACCAUACCUCCGCCCCAAACACCACUGCCAGAACUCUCCUCCAGCUCUGUGGUCAACAGAACCGCCCGCCCCUUCAACCCAGGGUUUGUGACUAACCGAGCCGCCACCGCUCCUGUUGUGUUCCGCCCUGUCGUCACCAAAAGGGCCCAGCGCCCAGCAACCUCUGUGUCUAUUGUAGGACCUCCCUUCUCCACCACAUCAGAGCUACCUGCAAGUGGUUGUCCUUCCUUCUUCUCUCCCCCGUCCUCUGUGUCCGGAGGACCGUUCUCCACCCCCUCCUCAGCACCGGCCACUCAUCCCCGCCCUGCCUUCUCUGUGGAGAGCCUGGCAGAACCACCCAUGCUCUCUGUUCCACAGGCUUCCUUCACAGCCAUACCUCCACCCCCAGCACAAUUCUCAGGUGGCCCCAUACCCCCACCUCCAGUCUCGUUUGCCUCCGUACCACCACCCCCAGUAUCAUUUGCCAACGUACCCUCAAUUCCACCCCCAUCGCCAUUCUCAGGUGCUCCCAUACCCCAAGCCCCAGUCUCAGUGGCCCAAUCAUCCCCAGCUCCAGUGUCAUUUGACCCCAUACCUCAACCUCAAGUUUCUUUUGCCCACAUGCCCCAAGCUUCAGUCUCAGUUGUCCCACUCCCACCCUCCACAGCUCCUGCAGCUGUACCCAGAUCCCCCAUGUCCAAGGUCCCACCUCUCCCUGGUGGUCGUACCGGUUACCUCCAGGAGGCUCGUCGGCGCAGCGGCAGGAGGCCCAUGUUCCGAGUCCCUGAUGAGAAGAAGAACUCUCCCAACCCUGACCUGCUGAACAUGGUGCAGAACCUGGAUGACAGGCCCCACUAUGGAAGCAACUCAGGGAGUAUGAUGGGCUUUGAGUCGGGCACAGAGGAAGACCAGGGUGCUGAAGCCGGCCGGGGCAGGAUGCCUCCACCGGUGGCCCCCAAACCCAGGGUCAUCCACGAGGCCCCUCAGAUUCCCCAGGCGGAGGGGAAGGGGGCUCAGCUGUUUGCCCGCAGGCAGAGCCGCAUGGACCGGUUUGUGGUAGACACCCCACUAGAGACCGCCUACCAGCAGGAGGUCACCUACCCAGGGGCCGAGUCCCAGUAUGCCCCCAACCCCAAUAUCAACUCACAGUGGAAGUUAUCCCCCAACAUCCGUGCCCCCCCGCCCAUUGGUUACAACCCGUUGCUAGCCCCCUCCUGCCCUGUGGGGCCACAGAGAGAUACAGGCAGGUCUGACAGGGGGAGCUGGGGAAGCAGAGGGGGGAUAGCCUCUCAUAGGGAGGGAAUCAAAGCUUUGGAUUUCAUGAGAAGGCAGCCUUACCAGCUCAACUCAGCUAUGUUCGGGGGUAGUGUUGCCAACCUGUCGGCGAUGCCCUCAUACCAGGACCAGAGGCAGCAGCAGGGAGGGUAUACUACCAUGGUGGGCAGCACCAUGACUCCUCCAAGACAGAUCCCAGUCAAGGCGGCCCGUGUGUACGAGAUCAAACGCUUCUCAACACCCACGCCCAUGUCAGCCCGGUGUUUGGCCCCCACCGUGAUCGCUCCUCGUUCAGCCACAACGCUGGGAGAGCGCCUGACCCGCUCCGACAUGAUCUCCCCAACCCCUGCUCCUCUCUCCCCACCCCCUGCCCCUGUCUUUUCCCCAGCCCCGGUCUCUGCCCCACAUCCCGCCCUUGCUCCUACCUAUUCAGGGGGCCUGCCCGGGCUGCCCAGAAUCAAUGCCACCCCAGUCCCCAACCCCAUCCCCCACCCAUCACCCUAUCCUGGGGUGUCUUACAGUGGGCUCCAAGGUGCUAAGCAGUUUCAGAGUGCCCCUGAUCUGAGUUUCCUUGCUAACCUCCCCCCUCCUUUCAGGGCAAAUGCCAUGCAGGCGCCCAAACCCCGCUUCAUCGCCACCAAGGUGGGCGUCCAGCCGCGUGUGUGGAGACCAAGUGCCAUGUGA